AGCUCAUGCACAGCCAGGAACACAUGGCCUUCAUGUUCAGCCUCCAGGCCCAGCGGGAGGAGGAGCUGCAGACCCUUCAGGAGAACUACAAGUCUGUCUACCUCCACCCCGCCACCAACGUCUGUGCCCUGCUCUCGGCCGGCUCACUGCUGCAGGUCGUGGACGAGGUGUUUGCAGGCCGAGCCAGGGCCGGUGUGGGCAUCAUCCGUCCCCCGGCCACCACGCCGAGCCGGACCGCCCCCACGGCCUCUGCUUCUACAACAACGUGGUCGUCGCCGCCAACAGGCUGGGAUGCCAAGGCCCGUGCUGUCCCGUUUCCAUAA